AUCGAAGGAUGCGACUGAGGACUACAAAUUCCAUUAAUGUAUUAAUAUUAAAUUGAUCUGCCUCGUUUUCAAACAGCUUUAUCAUCUUCCUAAGGGCAAGUAAACUUGCAAUUUAGCGUUCUCGUUAGAUCCUACCUACCUACUUAUACCUAAGCAUUGAAAGCAAAAUUUGACAUUCACCCAGAGGCAAUCUCAAUAAGCUGCAAUGGAUCGUGCUCUGGCAGUUCUUAGCCAGAUAGAAGAGGAUGCCAAGAAGGUCAAGCCGACUGACGUGGAAAAGGAGGUGGACUUAGAAUAUGAUAUUGGACUGUUGCUGGCAUCAGACCCUAACCCUCUGGACCAUGAUGCUUUACAUGCCGACCGUGAUGGCUACCUGCAGCGGCUCGCCAGAGACAACUGCCAGCUGCUGUUCAACCGCCUGUACCAGCUGCCGACUCAGACCAAAGAUGACGUCACCACAGUCAAUCUGCCGGCAGCACAGCUGAGAAUCCCUCGAGAGAAGCCGGCGCCCAAGCCAAAGCCACUCACCAAGUGGGAGGAAUACGCCAAAGCCAAGGGCAUCUCCAGAAACAAGAAGGGAAAGAAAAUCUGGGAUACCGAGCUCAAGCGCUGGGUGCCCCGGUACGGAGCCAAGAAGGCGCAGGCCGACCGAGAGAAGAACUGGGUUAUGGAGGUGCCCGCCAACGUGGACCCCAACACCGACAUGUUCGCCAAGGCUGCGGAGAAGAAGCGUGAGCGUGUUGCCAAGAACGAGCUGCAGCGACUGAGGAACGUCAAGCGGAACAUGAAGGUGCCCACGGUGGGCGUCACGCCCAAGGACGUGACUAAGAGCAGCACUUCAGAGUUGACAGAGGCGGCUGCACUGGCCCGGCGCAGCACCGCCUCUCUGGGCAAGUUCAGCCAGCGUCUGCCCCGGGACGCGCCGACCAAGGAGCGCGGAAAGCGGCGUCAGUUCGCUCCCGCCGUGGGCGACACUCGCGGCGAGGUGCGCGGGCAGCUGGAGCUGCUGCAGAACCUGGGACGGAAGGAAAAGGGAGCCGUGGUGGACACAGAGAAGGCGGCCAACCGGCUGAUACACCAGGAACAGCGAGAACGUGCUGCCAGCAAGGAGGACAAACCCAAGAAGGGCGGCAAGAAGCGGUGGAUCCCCAACACAAAGAAGGGCGAGAAGCAGAAGAAGGCGAUCGCCAAGAAGGCCGGCAAGGGACGGAAGGGCGCCAAGGGUCGGUAGGUGUCGUUGCUGUCGCCUGGUUCUCAUCGGGCGCUGCAGUGAGUCGUGUGGGAUUGGGAGAGGAUGGCUGGGGGCUACCGUUCGGCGGACCGGAGGGAGGCUCGCUUAGAGCUCUCUCCCCGCGUCGUGCGCUGGUGAGACGAGCUGGUAGGAGUUUCUGCUGUGAAGCUGUACCGUCAGCAGGCUGCCUUGUUGCUGUUGUGGGACCGGAUGGGACUCGUUCGAGAUCCUGUCGCGAAGUUGUACCGCUAGCGCCCCUGAAACCGUGAGUUUCCUGACUCCUGAGUGAGCUAUGAGUCGGUUAACGCACGAGACCGUGGUGGACCAAUUGUUCGGAUUGGGCAUGGACUGAGUGACUUAACAGCAAACUCGUAUGAAGGUAAAGCGUUGUUCAUCCAAACGACUCGAUAUUCGUUUGGUUAGCUAGUUAGCUGCCGUGGAAAAGGUUGAAGUUUGCUGGAUGUCGAUGUGCAACUUUUUCGCGUUGACUUGGCAUCGUAAAAGAUCCAUGCAUAGAUGUAAAACAUUUUUGCAACCUGUCGAGUGUACGAAUUUCUUUUCAUAAAACAAGAAUAAAAUGAUAAUUAAGGCGA